CAAAAAUAAAGAAUGAAAAAACCUCAAACAACCCGAAGAGAAAGCGCCUUCCCCGUCUAGAGAUGCUCCGAUAAACUACGUUACAAAAUACAGAGACGGAACCCUGUACGAAGAAAACAAGUUGCAACGUCAAAGUUCGAGAAACGGAGUACUCACUUCUCGUCGAUCAGCUCUCCAGAGGGAGAGAGAGGAAUAUGCAACAGAGGCUGAAGCUUCAGCAACAACAACAGCAAGCCCUAAUUCAACAAGCCCUUCUUCAGCAGCCUCAGAUGUACCACCCUGGCGUCAUCGCCGCUGCUAUGUCUCAGAUGGAGCCCAUCCCUGGUGGGAAUCUGCCCCCUGGCUUUGACUCAUCUACAUGCUGCAGUGUUUAUGUAGGAAAUAUUCAUGUAAAUGUCACAGAGAAGCUUCUUGCGGAAGUUUUCCAGACUGCUGGUCCUCUUGCAGGAUGCAAGCUCAUCAGAAAGGAUAAGUCAUCAUAUGGUUUUGUGGACUACCUUGACCGGACAUCUGCAGCCCUGGCAAUAAUGAAUUUGCAUGGCCGCCAACUUUAUGGUCAGGCACUUAAGGUGAAUUGGGCAUAUACCAGUAAUCAGAGGGAGGAUACUUCAGGACAUUUCAAUGUAUUUGUUGGUGAUCUGAGUGCAGAGGUUACUGAUGCGACUUUAUUUGCGUGCUUCUCAGUCUAUCCUAGUUGUUCUGAUGCAAGGGUCAUGUGGGAUCACAAAACUGGUCGCUCAAAAGGAUAUGGAUUUGUUUCUUUUCGUAAUCAGCAGGAUGCACAGAGUGCUAUCAAUGAAUUGACUGGUAAAUGGCUUGGGAAUAGGCAAAUAAGAUGCAACUGGGCAGCCAAAGGUGCUGGUACUAAUGAAGACAAGCAGAUCAAUGACAGCCAAAAUGCAGUUGUACUUACUAAUGGAUCUUCAGAUGGAGGUCUGGAGAAUAUCAAUGAAGAGGCCCCUGAAAACAAUCUGGCAUACACCACUGUCUAUGUUGGCAACCUCUCUCACGAGGUAACUCAAGCUGAACUCCAUUGUCAGUUUCAUGGUCUUGGUGCUGGGGUUAUAGAGGAAGUGCGUGUCCAGAGGGAUAAAGGAUUUGGGUUUGUCAGAUACAACACUCAUGAGGAAGCAGCCUCAGCCAUUCAGAUGGCUAAUGGGAGGAUUAUUCGUGGGAAGCCCCUGAAGUGCUCUUGGGGUAGCAAGCCAACUCCUCCUGGGACUGCUUCAAAUCCAUUACCUCCUCCAAGUCAACCAUAUCAGAUCCUUCCGACUGCAAGCAUGAACCAAGGCUAUUCACCAGCUGAGUUGUUGGCUUAUCAGCGGCAACUUGCCUUGAGUCAGGCUGCUGCUUCCAUGGGGUUGAGCUCUGGGGGAUCGCAAGCCAUGUAUGAUGGAUAUCCUAAUAAUUCAUCGGCCCAACAGCUCAUGUAUUAUCGGUAGCGGGUGUUUCCAUGGGAAUUCUGCCCCCUUGUCUGGGUAGGGUUAAUAGCAAAUAAUUUUCCUCUUUUGUCCUGGUCAGUAUGUCUCUUUAUUAACUUUAAGCUUUACGGUUGAGAUGCAAGUUAGUCUUCAAUUACUUAAAAAUUUUGGUCUCUUAUGCAGUAUUGCGUCAGAUUAGGUUUGCUUCGCUUUGUAAGGGGUCGGAUUUUGGAACCACUCCCCCCAAAAAAAAAAAAUUCAUAGUACACUGAUUUAUGGUGCUUUUGAUGUGUUUAAGUUAAGAUCAUGGUUAGAUAUUUGUAUUGUCUUUAGCGGUAACUUUUUUUAAUCGAAUUUGGGGCGCAAAGAUUAAGUUCAUUGAAUUUUUUUUAAUUGAAAGAUAAUAUUCUGGAUUAUUUGUAGGAAAGGAAAGUGAAUUGAGCUUCAUUACUCGAUUGCGGCAUAAUUUGCAGGAAAUAGCUGUCUUCUUGAAAUAAGACUUUCAAGUAUGACCAAGUAAUCUCUUCGUAAUAAAUGGAGUUAUGAAACUAAUUGUAUAUUAAUUAGCUAGAUUCUACCCAUAUCGCUUAAGGCGGUCUCCAUUUGUUACAAUGAGCCAGUCCGUUAUACUUUCCUUGACACUUGAAGUUGGCGACAAAACUGUGUACUAGAUAAUGGAUCUGUUCAGGACAGACCUUGUAAAGCAUUGAAGAUUCUGAGGGACAAAGGGAACACUGUCAACACCAGGGAAACUUGGCUGUGGCCUGGUGAGGAGGCUGGACUGCCAUUUAUCGAAGUGUGGUACAUGGUUUCCUCAGCAAGUUCUCUCAAUCUGUUAAGUUCUGGCAAGACU